AUGGCUACAUCCCUUGCCGAACAAUUAAAGAAAUUAAGAACGCCCCAAACAGGGAUUUUGCUGCAGGAUAAAAAACGUGCUAGCUUGUUAUUUGAUCCUAGAGAAGCUGCUAAUUUAGAUAGAGAAACUGUUUUAAGUAUAGGUCAAAAUGGAUUGCAAGAAUUAACUAAGCUAUCAAAUCUAUUUGCCGAAUUUGAAAAAACACUUUUUGCACAGAGUUCGUUGAGUCUUGAACGUGCUGUACAAGAUAUUAAAGUUAACAAAAAGUUAGAUGGAGAAAUUGAAAAGUUUCUGAUCUUUUUAUCUCCUUACUUUUUACUCAAUAUUGCUCAUAAAGCUCUUGAAUGGUUAAUACAUAGAUUUCGCAUACAUGAAUUCAAUAAAGAUCAAUUUUUACUUUUAAUAUUGCCUUAUCAUGAAACUCGGAUCUUUGCUAGAGCAUUACAGUUAUUAGACUUGACAGACGAAGCUGAUAAGUGGCACUGGUUAGAACCCUUACAAAAACCUGGUGUCCCCUUAGCUUCAUUAACAUUAAUCAAUCGUCUUAGUUCUGAUAAUGCAUUGCUAAAACUAAUUUGCAACCAUGUAAUCACUGCUACUAAAGUAUAUUCACAGCGAUCAUCUUCCUUAAGUACUUUGUAUGCAUUUUAUACAACUUCAGUAUUAGGGACUAUUGAUCAGUUACCUACUAUUUCUGAGGUACAAAUGGGUUACAUGUUACCAACUAUUUUAAAAGGCUUAGAAAGUACCAUUUCUGAUUUUGCAGCUAGUAGUUAUAUGAUCCUGGCAAAAUUAAUGUUUAAAGUAAAACUGAAAAACGAAACUACAGAAAAGUUACUUUUGAAGAUAUUUAAGAAAACAUACCUCAAAGAGGAAGCGUUGCUUCUGUUGUUCUUCUUGUAUAAUAUACCAGUUCAUCAGCUUGUUACAGUUCCAAAAAGUCUUGCUACUCGAUUAUCCGAGUUGUUCUGGUUUAUUGAACUCGCAAUCAAACUUCAGUCAUCUAAUGUAGAUAUAUUAAAAUUCAUUGUACCAUUAUUGCAAACAAGCUGCCGCAUGAUUUUGGAUAAUCCAUUAGAAACAGUUCGAAUACAAAAAAUGGUGAAUGAGAUAUUGACGCGAAUAAAAUUGGACGAUAUCGGGGUGGACACCAUCUUAUGGAAUGUGUUGCAAAAGGAAUUUCUUUCAAGCAGUGUGACAAAUGAAGCAAAGGAUUUCUUAAUAAUGUUAUACCACAAUCUUGAAAGAAUGUAUCCUGAAAGAUUUGACAAUUACUUAAAAGGUUUAAUGAAACACAGCGACACAGACAAGAAUUCAAAAUUGGCGUUGCAAUUCGUCACGUCUUGGCAUUUCGGAGCUAGAGACACACAGGACGUUGUUGGAAUCAUUGAUAAAUUAAUUCAUAUUAAACCAGAACAGAGAAUUAUAGCAUUAAAUAUGUUGGCAGAAACCAAUGUCAAUAUUCCUGAAAGCUUUCAGGAAAUGAUGACAAAUACGAUACAAUCCAGAUUCAACGAUAAUGAAGUAGACGUAAUCAGGGCUUUGUUGUCUAUUCCUACGAAACGUUUAACAGCUCUGCUGUCUCCACAUAUAUUAAUCGAUGAAUUGAAAAUAUUGCUGUCAACUUGUCACAGCAGCAGCAAGAAGGUACUAGCGAAGCCAGCGUUAAAAAUCCUAUUGGACCUCUGUGAAGUCGGUGACGAUACUAGCGUUUUCAUUACAUCUAUACCCUAUUUAUUUCCAAAUGACAAUGCGGACGUAGAUAUUGCAAUGGAAGUAUUGAACUCGAACUUUGCCAGGAACAAUCUUUAUAUGCGACACGUGCAGAAGGACUUGGGAAAUUCUCCAAAUGCAGAAGCGGUUUCGUCAGCAUCGUUUCAUAACAUAUUGAAUUGGAAAUUAUUGCCCCCAACGGAUAAAAUAUUAAGCGCUAUGAAACAACAAAUUGCUCAUGGUGAUGCAGCUUUUAUGUUUUUUAAUCUGAUUCUGUUAGGAUCCGUGUGCAGAGUACCAGUCGGAUCCCUGCAACCGGAAGUAGCCAGAGAGGUGAUUGAAAUGGCCACGGAAAUGAUAAAGAAGUAUCCACAAGUGAAGAUGUUGCAGAAUUGUAACAAUAUCACUGGAGACAAUAUACAAACCGCUAUUGAAUUAACGUCGCAAGGAGUUCUGCCGUUACAAGUAGGUACUUAUGUACUGGAGAUGGUUCAUAGACGUCUUGAUUUGAAGUCGAAUCCGACGAUCGAUUUCGAGAACAAUCAACAUCGUAGCAAUUUGAUUUUGAGACUUCUUGAAAUGUUUUUCGAGGGUAUAGACAAUAGAUAUUGGUGCAAGCAUUAUUCCCGUUGUCUGCAAAUAUUCUUCCAAAGACAUUUCGCUACAGUGAAAGAUCUUGUACGUUUUCUCUCUCAGUUAUACAUAAAACCAGUUAAAGUGCAAACGUGCUUUAACUGUUUGAAAAUAACUCAGGUACUGCUGAAUCAGUGCAAAUCUAUUCAAUGGGCAUUUCAGGAUAAAGUCUUUAUUACGAAUUUACUGCUUUCAUUGGCUAGAGACAACAACGAAUGCCGGAUAGCGUCAUUGAAAGUUCUCGAGAAACUCAUGAACGCUACUCAAUUAAUAGUGGAUCCUUUUUCAUCUCUGUUGCAACAACUCGCCAUCAGAAGUCCAGAGAUCUCUCUAGAUCCUGAUCAACUAUCCCUCUCUCUUUACGUUUUACUUUCACCUGACCCAGACGUAUGUGGACAAUUGAAGUCAGAUCUUAGAAGAAAGCUUCAACAAGUACAGCAACUGUUGUUCGACGUUGUUAUGGAUCUGGAAAGUCCAUUGCAUAUCAAAUCACAGCUUCUGGAUAUUCUGGCUUACGUCAAUGGACCUACUAUACUUCAGCAAUUAGCACCUCUUGGAUUACAACUCCUUCAGAUUCUUCGAACAGAGUCGAAGAAUAAAUCAGCAGGUAACUUGCUGAAAAAUAUACUUCAGAGAUUUAAUAGCGCAACAGUGAAGGCUCUUAGAGUUCAGCAAGUAUGGGAAUUAUUCGAAACCAGCAUAGAAGAGCACAAGAUCGUAAUCACUACCGAAUCUGGAGUUCAACAUCCCCCGAGUGUCAUUCUUUUGAAGCAGAUAGAGAAAACAUUCUUCGAGAGCGCUAAAGAAACGUCUGCUGAUCUUCAGAAGAAGAUUCUAGGUAAAUUAGUAGACGUGGUCACCGACUGCGAAAUAGGAAACGUUAUUUCUACGGCUAAUAGAACGAUUAGGAAAAUUCAAAUGGAUGCACAACUCAUAGUCAACGAGCUGCAGAUCAUGAAGAACCUGAAGGCUGCCCAAUCGAGUGAUACUAAAGUUACAAGUAAAAGAAGACUAAGUCAGAUCCGUUCUCUUCCAGAUCCAACUAUCAUUAACAGAAGAGAAUGGAAGCGAGGCGUGACUCUUUUGGAAUUCGUUCAAAGAGCCGACAACAUCGAACACGAAGAAUUGCUUUAUCCGAUUCUGUUCGACCUGUUGAAAACCUGCCUCAGUUUCGAGGAGCAAAGUCCCAUAGAGUAUACGAACCAAUUAUUAUUAUCCACGAUCCAUCGACUAGCAGUAAAGAAGCUACCUAUUCGCGACGCUCAUCUCCAAGUAGACCUGAUCACUCAGUGCAUCAGGACCUCAAGAAAUCCUCAAACCCAUCACCAUGCUCUGUUGGUCUUGGUAGAGUUGUUGAAGAUCGUCGAUGUACGGUGUGCCCUUUACACCAUUAUGCCUAUUUUCACGUUUAUGGGCAGCUCUGUGGUACGCCAAGACGAUGCAUACUCCAUUCAAAUAAUUUCCAAGACGAUCGAGACUGUGGUACCUAUCAUAAACGCGGCUGAAAAUGAAACUCAUGCUUGCGAAGUCUUGAGGACUUUUAUCGUCUCGUUACCAGAUAUCCCAGAGCAUAGGCGAACGCCUCUGUUUGUAAAGCUACUGCAGCUACUGGAUAAUUACUUUCAUUUGUUUUACUUAUUAAGCUUCGAGAGUCACGUUAUGUCAAGAACUAUGCGAAUCACGAACCAGAAGACACCAGGACAAAGAUUAGAGUUUGCUCUGCAGGUGUCUCAGGAGUUCUCACCUGUAAGGCUCAUUCAGGUUUGCGUGAAGCUGACUCAGUUUAUGAAGAAAUUGCCUGUGGAUAUAGAAGACGAAGAAGGCCGAAAACUUGCAAUGUCUUUUAAGUACAAACACAUUUUUGAUGUUGCCAACAAUAGCCCUAAACACCUGAGACAUUUUAAAUACAUCCUGGUCCAAUUUCUCAGCAACCUGCUAUCAUCGCCUGACUUCAUUAACAAAGUUGCAGAAUUUGAUCCUAUCGAAGUGGAUAAGGUACGGCCGUAUUAUGAUCAGCUGAUCGUUGAAUUGAUUAUACUAAUUCAGAGUACUUCGAAAAACGCUGAUAAGCAACAGGGAAAGCCGAUUGGAAAGUAUUGGAAGGUUCUUCUACAUUAUUUGUACGAUGUCCUAGAUUUGGUAAAUAAUCUAUUACCAAAUGAAAUAUUUUUGGUCAGCAUUAAACGCCUGAUAGAACAUAAUUUGCUAACAGUGAAGAGAAAAGCUCUGGAGCUUUUGAACACCCGACUUCAGCAACGGAAGUUCAGCGAGGAAAAUCAUGAAGAUUUGUUAAGUUUGAUCGAACCCUUGUUAGAAAUUUUAUCAGUAAAAGCAAAGUCUGAAACGCAGGAACACGAGAUUGUGCAACAAACUGCCCUAAUUACUCUAAAGUUACUGUCAAAAUUGUUAGCUAGUGAGCAUCCUACCCUCUUCAAACCUAUUCUUGAGGUGACUACUGAACUCCUACGAUCAAGGGAAGGACCAGUACUGGGUAGCGCUGCUCUUUGCGUAGCAGAAUUAUGUAGUUCUAUGCGUAUUCACGCAAUACACUCAUUGAAUAAAUUCGUACCAGCGAUUCUGAAAUUGUUGGAAGAUCAUUGCCACCAAGGUGUACCAGACAUGAUAGUUCUCAGUAUAGUCAGCGCAUUGCAGAAGAUCGUCGAAUCUGUAGGGAAUUUCUUGUCUUUGUAUCUGGAUCACUUGCUGUUUGAACUGGCAAGAUUAAACUCUUUGUACACUGAUACAGAACAUCCAAAGAUUGACAUCGUGGUAUCGCGACUGAAAGCAACUACUCAGAAACUCUCGUCUUGUAUACCCCUGCGAGUAUUACUACCAGCUGUUAACAGGACAUAUACAACAUUACUCGCAAAACAAGCAUAUCAACGUAUCCCAGCAUUGAUGUCCGUACUAGCAGAAUCUUUUAGUAACGUUCAACCGAGCGAUUUAAGUGCAACUAUACCAGAUUUGGGCACAUUCUUCUUAAAAGUAUUACAAUUUCGUGAAGAUAUUUUUAACUCUGACGAUGCCAUGGAGAUAGAUGAAUCCAAAUUGACGAUGGAUGAUGUGGUAAUUGUAGAAGAAAGCGCGAGCAAAUCAUUGGUUGCUUUGGUAUUGAAACUAAGCGAAGCUACGUUUAGACCAUUCUAUUACAAGUUUUAUGAUUGGGCUGCUAGAAAUCCUCAGCACAAACAACGAAACAUUACCUUCUACAGACUUUCAGCCAACAUAGCAGAAUGUCUAAAAUCUCUCUUUGUUCUCUUUGCUGGUCACUUUCUCCAGCAUGCAGCUGUGUUAUUAAGCAGCAAUAAUCCAGCGAUCAUGGAAGAAUCACAAGAGAUGACUCUAGUCGAAGAAUCGAGCCAGAUCGAACUGGUCGAAUCCAUCUUAUUAACUCUUUAUCGAGUUUUUAGCUACGAUGCGCAUAAUUUUGUAAAUCAAGAAAGAUUCGAAAUACUGGCUCAACCAAUCGUGGACCAGUUAGAAAAUACUAUAGGCUCCACAAAGGAUUAUGAGAAGAGGGCGAAUGAGUUAGUGGUGCCUUGCAUCGCAGCCUUCGCUAGUGCCAUCCCUGAUGAUUCGUUACACAAGCAAUUAGUAUAUCAGACACUGCUGAAGACCAGACACACGAAGCCAUACGUUAGAAGCGCCGCAUUGAGUGCAGUGGUUGAAAUUGUUAGGAAGCUCGGCGAAGAUUUUAUGCCACUUUUGCCGGAAACUAUACCUUUCUUAGCAGAAUUAUUGGAAGACGAGGACGAAGCUACAGAGAAGUGUGCGCAAAAUGCAGUACGCACUCUUGAAGAGAUCUUGGGUGAACCGUUGCAAAAGUAUUUUUAA